AUGAAUUGUCCAUCCCGAACCGACGACGUCGAAUUAGAACAUCCAACCUGGAACCAAAAUCCGCCUGACUUGGCCGCGGACCUCACGACACGUCAGGACCUCAACGGCAUCGCCAACUCGCGAGAGCACAAGGCUGCCUGUGAUGAUGACAGGGUAAACGGUUUGCCUCCGACUGUCAAAACCUGUCUGUUCGACAGGCCUCCCGACGCCCUUAUUCCAGCAGCGUCCACUGCGAGGCUUCCUUAUGGACUUGCCUCGCUCCCUAAGACGGUUGCCGCUGGUGAUGGCCGCCACCGUCUUCCACCUCCCCCAAGCACUCCGGCUCCUGCAGUGUCGGCCCUCUGGAGCUGGACCACCUGGGGAUUGUCCGUCGCCGUCACCUCUUUCUCUUUCUCUGUUAUCGGUCAGACCUAUCAUGGGUAUCUAGGACGCUUCAGUGAGGGCCCCGCUCGUGCCUAUACUUCGAACUCUCUGGCAGCAUCCACCUUGAGCGUGCGAAAAAGGUCUACCUGCCCCGACGACAGUGCGAAUGAGGACCUCUACAACACCCCGCUUCACGUUGGUGCUUUGUUCAUCAUCCUAUUGGUCUCGACCCUGGCUUGCUCCUUUGCCAUGCUGGCAUCCCGCUUUCCGGGCCUUCGACUUCCAGCACAUUUCUUCUUCGUGAUUCGACAUUUUGGCACAGGUGUUCUUAUUGCAACCGCAUUUGUCCAUCUUCUCCCGACUGCCUUCAUAUCUCUGGGAGAUCCUUGUCUGACUGGCUUCUGGAAUGACGACUAUCCUGCCAUGCCCGGCGCCAUCGCUUUAGCUGGGAUUUUUCUAGUUAUCCUCGUCGAGAUGAUCUUCCACCCGUGUCGGCGGAUCCGUCCGAGGCCUGAAGGCCAUCCUACGGGCGACCACGCUCUCACUGAUACCUCUCAUGGUAACCCAUCGCAGACAGAUCCGACCGGACCACUGCGCGAUAUGGGUCCCUUGGUUGGGAAGCAAUCGAGUAUAGGUCGCAGCCUCUCUCGAGUCAACGAUGCACGCGAUGUCGAUCAAAUCGAAGAGAUGAACUCUUCUAAAGUUAACGCUCGGCCAUCCUCUCACGGGGAACACGAUGGCACCAGUGCGGAACCCAUGCGUACUCUGACUCGAGAUCAGAAGCUCCGAAAAGCCCGGCUGCAAUGUGUUCUCCUAGAGAUCGAAACAUUCGAAGGUCUCGCUCUAGGAUCUCGCAUUGCCGACAUUGACUGGCCUAUGGGAACAUGGCAGCCAUGGUUCAUGGCUCUCGCGUAUGGGUGCACGACCCCUCUCGGCCAAGCCAUCGGUCUCGCCACUCAUUCGCUGUACAGCCCCAGCUCCGAGACGGGCCUCUUACUCGUGGGCACUAUGAAUGCCAUCUCUGCAGGACUUUUGACCUUCGCAUCUCUGGUCGAGCUUCUCUCCGAAGAUUUUCUUAGCGAUCACAGCUGGGACGUACUUCGAGGCAAGAGCCGCGUCUUUGCCAGUCUGUUGGUGUUCGCUGGCGCAUUUGCCAUGAGUCUGGUCGGCGCGUGGGCCUAG